AUGCCACUCCAUCUUCUAGACAAAAAGUCAUGGAACGUCUACAACCCGGAGAAUGUCUCUCGAGUCAAACGCGACGAAGCACAGGCGAAAGCCCUCGAGGAAGAAGAUGAGCGUCGCAUGCAAGAAGUUGAUGCUGAACGGAGGAUCGCGAUAUUACGAGGAGAGAAAAUACCUACGCCUCCUCCAGCACCUCCAUCGCGUCCUUCAUCGGAGCCGCUCGGUCGGCCAGAAAUAAGAUUAACGGACGAUAGAGGAUUUCGCAAACGAAGACGCCUUGCCGGAGAAGACGAUACAGACAGAGACAUCAGAUUUGCCCGAGAGGAUGCUGCAGAUGCCAAAACAGAACGAAAUAAGUUGAUGGUCGCACCUCACCGAAGUAAAAAGGAUGCAGAUGCUCCGCUCUUGGAUAGCGCCGGUCAUAUCAACCUCUUCCCCGAGGAAGGCCCCCGCAAGAAGAGCGAGAAAAACAAAGAGGCGGAAGCUGACGCUGAGAAAAGCAAAAAAAGCUACGAGGACCAAUACACGAUGCGCUUUUCUAAUGCUGCCGGUUUUAAACAAGCUAUCGGAAAUAAGCCUUGGUAUUCAUCCUCAGCCCAAGCCGCAGAAGCACCCGACUCUAUGCCGGAGAAGAAUGUAUGGGGAAAUGAGGAUCCGCGGCGCAAAGAACGUGAAAAAGCUCGGAUGGAUGCAAAUGACCCUUUGGCAGCUAUGAAGCGCGGUGUUCGCCAACUAAGAGCUACGGAGCAGGAACGGAAGCGAUGGAACGAUCAGAGGAAGAGGGAGCUUGAGAUGCUGAAAUCUGAGCAAAGAACUAGUCACAGACGGAAAAGAUCAAAGUCUAUUGAUAGUCUUGAGGGGUUUCAACUUGAUGUCCCAGCUGAUAAAGAUCGAGACCGGGGAGAUCAUCGAAGUUCUCAUCGACGCAAUCACGAUCGACAUGAUCGAGACCGGAGCCGUGAAAAAUACAGAGACCACUCAUCUCGACGCUCGCGCCACUCAUCAGAUCAUUCCCAUCGUCAUCGACGUAAUGAGGAUGAAACUAGGCGUCCGUAUCGAUCGGACAGGUACUGA